AUGGACAGACAUCUUGCCCUUCUUUUUGUAAUUUCUAUCUGGGCCUUAAGCAAGCAAUACAAUGAAACACCGGAAAAGGGGUAUACAUGUCUCAUUGGAACUUUAUCAGGCACCCAGAGAGGAAGUGGAACAGGAAAUUUAUUUUUUGAACUCUUAAACUUCAUAGCCAUCGCACGAGCUCAUGACAGAAUUCCUGUUUUACGUGAUCCUCUCACAAAAACGCGGUUGCGAGAGUUACAACCAAUAUUUCCAAAUCUUCGAGGAAUUUUACCGAAUGAUAAUGAUGUAUAUUGUGGAAAGGAAAAACGAAUGGUGUUGAAGAGUGCUAAGUGUUGUGUUUACGAGCCUGAUCUCAUUUUGGAGAAUAAUCUCACUCGCCCCGUCUCUCUCAACGUCGAGUUUUAUUAUUUACAAAGUUACAAGUACUUCAUCAAUGAAACGUCUCUUGAUAUACGACACAUCUUGAAAGGAUCUACUGGAAUCAAAAACAUGGCCAAGACAGAAAUGGUUGACCCUCGUAUUCUGGCAAAAUCUAAAUUCAAUAUAUGCAUACAUAUCAGACGAGGUGACUAUAUGCUGUCCUGGAGGCAUGAACCGACACGGAAAGAUUUCACUUUGGCUAUCACUGAUCACUUGAAUAAGAAAUAUGCUAACUAUUCGCCAUCUACAAUUGUUUUGGGAAAUGACCCUAUGUGGGCCGAGAAAACUUUUCGAGGCUAUAAUGUGCACAUUGCCCCGUUCAGUCCACUGAACCCACCUAAUGUAGAUUGGGAAUUCAGUCGUUUAUUUUGCGACGUUGUAGCUUUAACAGCGUCUGCGUCGACAUAUGGCUGGUGGAUGGCUUUUAUGUCCAGAGGCGGGAAUGUCUACUAUAACCGCAAGUUCUCACAGCCCUACGGGAUUGAAUUGGAGUUGAAUCCUGAAGAUUUUUUCCCAGCUGAUUGGACGAGUUUGUAUUUAAAAAAUGGAAAAAUAUACGAAUCUUGA